ACAUGUUUAUAAUGAAUCAGGAAAGGUUCAAAGAGUGGAGCAUCUGGGCGGUGCUAUGGAUGUCAAGGUUCUGGCAUGAGGGUCACGACACGACAGAUUGCACCAGGAAUGAUCCAACAAAUGCAACAUAUGUGUCCUGAAUGCAAAGGCUCGGGGGAGGUUAUCAGUGAGAGAGAUAGAUGCACUCAAUGUAAAGGAAACAAGGUUGUACAAGAAAAGAAGGUGCUGGAAGUUCAUGUUGAGAAAGGUAUGAAACAUGGUCAGAAGAUUGUAUACCCAGGCGAGGCUGAUGAAGCUCCUGAUACCGUCACUGGAGACAUAGUAUUCGUGUUGCAACAAAAGGAACAUCCCAAGUUCAAGAGGAAGUUUGAUGAUCUUUAUGUUGAGCAGAGCCUUAGUUUGACGGAAGCUCUGUGUGGAUUUCAGUUUGUCUUGACUCAUCUUGAUGGCAGGCAACUUCUGGUGAAAUCAAACCCCGGUGAAGUUGUUAAGCCUGAUCAGUACAAGGCAAUAAAUGAUGAGGGAAUGCCACACUACCAGAGGCCCUUCAUGAAGGGCCGUCUAUUCAUCCAUUUUAAUGUGGAAUUCCCGGAGUCAGGGGCUCUGCCCUCUGAGAAAUGCCAGGUCUUGAAGGCGAUGCUCCCAUCAGGUUCACUUAAGCAGUCGUCAGACAUGGACUUGGAUGAAUGCGAGGAAACCACUUUGCAUGACGUCAACAUUGAAGAAGAAAUGAGGCAGAAGCAGCAUCAACGACAUCAAGAGGCUUAUGAUGAGGAUGAUGAGGAUGAACCAACGAUGCAUCGAAUGCCCUGUAACCAGCAAUAAAUAACAACUCCGCUUCUUUUGUUGCCCGUAAGUUCUGAUGGGACGCAACGGCCUCCUGCUUGCGGUACAAAGCUAGCUAUAUACAGGAUAUGGAAGUCCAGCCAUUAUUAAUUAAUUAUUUUUUGUGGUUCUUAAUAUCUUCUUAGUUGAAUAUUAGCAUAUGAAUGCGAUUUGAAACUUGAGUAAAAUCUAAGGGGAUCUUUUGCUUAAAAGAGGAGCACAUAUGUUC